CUUGCCCUAGAGAACAGUGAGGGACGGGGUGAUCCAGCAAGCUGUGCUGCUGGCAAGGUAGCUCCAGUCAAGGUGACAUCAUCAUCAUUUGUCGCUACCAAAGCAUCCCAAGGCUGUCUGUACUGUGUGCCUGUUGUCGCAGCCUGAGGAGCUGCGCGAUCCUGAUGCCGCACCCAGCUUGGUUCACACACAGUUUGGUUACAUAGUAGGAGGGGAUGUCCCAUCUUCUAUUCUUAAACGACCUGCUGUUUCUCUUUUCUGUCACGAAUGUCAAACCGAUGUACGCGAUACUAUGUCUAAUUUUUGGCAAACAGAAAAGGUACCUGAAAUAUAUGCGGAACAUACAUCUGAGCAACAACAGUGCGAAAAAUUGUUUACUGAAACUGUUAAACUUGAGGAUAAUCAAUUCACAGUUUCAUUGCCAUUAAAAAUACCUAUCUAUGAUGUGAACAAUACAUUGGGGGAUUCAUUUGGGCUAGCUCUCAAGAGAUUUUAUAAUCUCGAGAAGAGAUUUCAGAAGGAUCAGAAUUUGUAUGAAGGUUACAAGGAUUUCAUACAUGAAUAUCUCGACUUAGGUCAUGGAUCAUAUGUUGACAUUUCCUCAUAUGAACUUACUAAAGAUCCUGUGUACUUUAUGGGACAUUCAGCUGUUUUAAGGCCGGAUGCAGUAAGUACUAAGCUACGGGUAGUCUUUGAUGGAUCUAUGUUAACGAGUAAUAAGAUUUCAUUGAAUAAUAUUUUAAUGAAUGGGCCAACUGUUCAACAGGAGCUGUUUGACAUACUGUUGUCAUUUAGAGUGCACAAAUAUUUCAUUGCUUGUGAUAUCAGGCGUAUGUUCCGAAAUAUUUUAGUACAGAAAGAUCAGCGAUCUUUGCAAAAUAUUCUCUGGCGAGACACUCCUAAUGAGUCAAUAAAAUGUAUUCAGCUAAACACAGUUUGCUAUGGAAUGAAGUCGUCAAGUUAUCUUUCGACAAGAUGCUUGAACGAGCUGGCUACGAAAUUCGAGAGGCAAUAUCCUCUAGCCAGUUCGGCAAUUUUAAACUCUACAUAUGUAGAUGACAUCAUUCACACAGAGAAUAGUUUGGCAAAGAUUGUUGACACGCAAACUCAAUUGAUAGAAUUACUUGCUAAAGGUAGUUUUAAACUACAUAAAUGGGCAGCUAAUGACCCUUCAAUAUUGGCAAAUAUUCCAGUAGAGCAGCAGGUUGUUGGAGAACUGGAACUGAAUAAGGACAUCAAAACUUUGGGUUUAAAGUUAGAUAUUGACUCGGAUUCUUUUAAACUUUCAUGUCCAGUGUCAAAAAAUGUCCCUAAGACAAAAAGACAGAUUUUGAGUUACAUAAGCCAGUUCUACGACCCUUUAGGUCUAGCUGGACCCGUCUUUGUCCAAGCCAAAAUCAUCAUGCAAAAAUUGGCUCAAUCUUACCUCAAUCCUUCUGACUGUUUGAGUCGAGGUGUAAAACCUAGCGAGCUACAAGGUAACCAACUGUGGUGGUGCGGGCCGACUAGCAUGUCUGAUCCAGAGUAUAAGUUUACCGAUGUUAGUAAUGAUAAUGUACCUGACAACUUACCGGAGAUCAAGCAUGCUAGUCGGCCCGCACCACCACAGUUGUGUGCGCCUGAGUGGUCUCCUGUACUGACACGCCUGUACCGCCUCUCUCUCCAAACUAGAACGAUGCCGAAAUCCUGGAAGCUUGCAAACGUGCAGCCAGUACCCAAGAAGGGUAGUCGUGCUGAUCCCUGCAAUUACCGACCAAUCGCCAUUACCUCCAUGCUCUGUAAAGUCAUGGAAAGUGUACUUAACGGCAAGUUGCUGACAUACCUCGAAGAAAAAGAUCUGUUCAGUGACCGUCAAUAUGGCUUUCGCCGGGGCCGGUCUACUUUAGCGUAUGUCACGCACUGCUGCGGCGAGGCCAUCGAGAGGAACGGUGAAGAGCUUGCUGUUUCACUGGACAUCUCGAAGGCCUUUGACAGGGUUUGGCACGCAAGUCUCCUUAGCAAGAUUCCGGCAUACGGCAUCCCUGCUGACUUUUGUAGCUGGCUAUCUGACUUCUUGAGUGACCGGUCGAUCAGAGUAGUCAUUGAUGGCUGCUCUUCGGACCUCAUGGCCAUUGACGCCGGUGUUCCUCAGGGAUCUGUUCUGUCCGCAACCCUUUUCCUGCUCCACAUUAACGACAUGCUGCAACCCAGCUGCUGA